GCGCGCGCGCGCGCCCGUGCGGGGUGUGUGUGUGUGUGAGUGUGUGACAGUGUGUGUCAGGUGACUUGGGUCACGCAGUCUCUCUCUCCCUCCUCGAGGGAGGAACUGCCGCGCUCCGGCUGACUCCUCCGCCGGCAGGCGGCCGGGCGGGGCGGGGCGGGGCAGGGGGCUCCGGGCGCGCAGGGAACCGCGGGACCCAGACCCGGACGCCGACCGCCGCCGUGGAAGCGCCGCCCCCGCCGGCUCCCGCGAACCUCCGGACAAACCCCAAUUCAGAAAUAGGUUGCGGGCGUCAGGCCAGGAGGUUUGCCCCCCCCCAACCACCAUCAGGGUCCCCCUCCACCCCUGGGACGGCUGGCCGUGGGCGCGAUGAGCCAGGUGCUGGGGAAGCCGCAGCCGGAGGACGAGGACGACGACGAGGAGGAUGAGCUGGUGGGGCUAGCGGACUACGGGGACGGGCCCGACUCCUCGGACGCCGAGCCGGACAGCGGGGCAGAAGAGGGAGUUCUAGACUUCAGCGACCCCUUCAGCACUGAGGUGAAGCCCAGGAUCCUGCUCAUGGGCCUGAGGAGAAGCGGCAAGUCAUCCAUUCAGAAAGUUGUCUUUCAUAAGAUGUCUCCCAACGAAACCCUGUUCUUGGAGAGUACGAACAAGAUCUGCCGGGAAGACGUUUCCAACAGCUCCUUUGUUAAUUUUCAGAUCUGGGACUUCCCGGGACAGAUUGACUUUUUUGACCCUACCUUUGACUAUGAGAUGAUCUUCCGGGGAACAGGAGCGCUGAUAUUUGUCAUCGACUCCCAGGAUGAUUACAUGGAAGCCCUGGCCAGGCUCCACCUCACGGUGACCAGGGCCUACAAAGUGAACACCGACAUCAACUUCGAGGUGUUUAUUCAUAAAGUGGAUGGUCUUUCCGAUGACCACAAAAUUGAAACCCAAAGAGAUAUUCACCAGAGGGCAAAUGAUGACCUUGCAGAUGCUGGAUUAGAAAAAAUUCACCUCAGCUUUUAUCUGACAAGCAUAUAUGAUCACUCAAUAUUUGAAGCUUUUAGCAAAGUGGUUCAGAAACUGAUUCCACAACUCCCCACCCUGGAGAAUUUACUAAACAUCUUUAUCUCAAAUUCUGGAAUUGAAAAGGCGUUUCUCUUUGAUGUGGUCAGUAAAAUUUACAUUGCAACUGAUAGUACCCCAGUGGAUAUGCAAACCUAUGAACUCUGCUGUGAUAUGAUCGAUGUGGUCAUUGACAUUUCUUGUAUUUAUGGUCUCAAAGAAGAUGGAGCAGGAACCCCCUAUGACAAGGAAUCAACAGCCAUUAUAAAGCUGAAUAAUACAACCGUUCUUUAUUUAAAAGAGGUGACAAAGUUCCUGGCUCUUGUUUGCUUUGUCAGAGAGGAAAGCUUUGAAAGAAAAGGGCUUAUUGACUAUAAUUUUCAUUGUUUCCGGAAGGCCAUCCAUGAAGUUUUUGAGGUGAGAAUGAAAGUGGUGAAAUCACGAAAGGUUCAGAAUCGGCUACAGAAGAAAAAAGGAGCCACCCCCAAUGGGACGCCUAGGGUGCUGCUGUAGGUGAGGUUUCAGGAACAUCUUUUGAAAUUAGACGUUUCAAUGAGGCUGCUGCGCUGUGUUGCACUAAAGGAAGAGAAAGAAGGAGAUUGGGACAUAUGACAGAUAUUUGUUGUAAAAAAAAAAAA